GCUCUUCUUUCUUACCGGGGAAGGUUUUGGCGUUCUUGGAAUUUCUUCCGCCAUUGGACUUGACCUGACCCCAAUUAGGGUUAUAUUUUCAGUCACUCUCUUUUCAUUUUUCCUUUCCAACUCUUCGUUCCUCUUCUCUUCCUAUCGAUCUGUUUCUUUUUCUUCCAUUGCUUUGGGUUGCUUCACAAACCGCUUACUAUUUCGCUUUUUCAUUUUCAUUUCUUAUUAUUUUUUUUCUCUGGAUGGCCCGAAGAAAUUCGACUCCAGGGUUUCGGUUCCGUCCCACCGACGUUGAGUUGAUUGAGUUUUUUCUAAAGAGGAAGGUUCGGGGCAAGAAAAUUCCUAUCGGAGUAAUAGCUGAGCUUGACUUGUACAAGUAUGCUCCGUGGGAUCUUCCAGAUAAAUCUGUGCUUCAGAGUGGGGAUUUGGAGUGGUACUUCUUUUGCCCGCAGGGGAAGAAGUAUUUGAGUGGAGGGAGGUUGAAUCGGUCGACGGAGGCUGGGUACUGGAAGACUACUGGGAAGGAUAGAGCGGUUGAGCACAAGAAUCGAGUUGUGGGGAUGAUUAAAACUCUGGUUUUUCACACCGGUAAGGCCCCUAAGGGAAAUCGGACUGAUUGGGUUAUGCAUGAAUUCAGACUCCAGGACAAGGAGAUGGUUGACGACGGCAUUUCGCAGGAUUCCUAUGUAAUUUGUAGGAUAUUCCAAAAGGAAGGUCCUGGCCCUAGGAAUGGUGCACAAUAUGGUAAACCAUAUGAUGAAAAAGACUGGGAUACAGAUGAGGAAAUUGACUCUGUGCAAUCUGACCGUGUUGCUUCUGUGUCUACACCUGUUCCCAUACAACCCAGUGGAAGUCAUAUUUCUAUUGCAAAAGACAUCCAUCCCUCUACAAGUGGAUGUGCUGGAUUGACCUCUGAAUUAUGUGUAUCAAAAUUGAUGCCUUCUUGCUCAGCACAGCAUGCGAUUCCCACCAAUCAAGUUGUCUCUGUAUCAUGUGUAUCGGAAUUGAUGCCCUCCUGCUCAGUACUAUCUUCUCCUAACUGUGCGUUGGGUUCUGUAUCACAUCUAUCAGCAGUUCCUUUUGCUCCAAACUAUGAUGUUGACUCUGUAUCAUGUGUAUCAAAAUUGAUGUCCUCUUGCUUGCCAGUUGCUUCGGCUCCAAAUAAUUUAGUUGACGUUUCAUCAUCUGUACCAGAAUUGAUGCCCUCUUGCACGUCACGUCCUUCACCUUCAUCUCCAAACCAUCAAGAUGAUGAUAACAUUUUAUCUUUGCUAGAUUAUUUGAAAGAAGAUGAUGACACAAUGGCUGUGAAUGAAAACAAUGGAAUUGAGAAGGUUGAUCCUGAUCGGGAGAACAAUGCUGAAUGCGCACCAUGUUCGGAUCAAAAUGUGAUUUUUGAGAACUUAGGAGACCUUGACAGCUUGGUUGGAUUGGGUGAAGGAAGUUUAUCCUCUGGACAGAAAAUUGGACUUUCUACAAGCGAUAUGUUUUAUAUAGGUGGUGAUGAUAUGUUCAGGUCUUGGGAAUCCCAAGACUUUUUGGAGUUGAUGGACCUAGCGGGGCCACAAUAAGCCAUGCAAGUUCUGGCGAAGAUAACAAGUAAAGGUUAGAAAAUUGAUUCAACUAUGGCCACAAGUAACUAAUGAGGGGCAAGAAAAAGCUACGAUUAUCUUGUUUUUCAUUUAAAAACUACCAUGGCCAGUUAUGCCUAUUUAAACGUCAGUUUCUGAAAUUCCUUAACAUAAUUUGUUUUACUGAUAUGAAUGUUGAUUAAAAUCUAGUGGUGUUCCAUCA